AUGGCUACUACCACGCAGGAUAUCCCUGUCAGUGGACUUCCGCCCAUUGUCCCGAACGACUUCACCGCACAGCAGCCGGAAACCAUCCGCCUGUACCCCCUGUCGAACUACACCUUUGGCACCAAGGAAACACAACCAGAAGAGGACCCCUCGGUUCUGGCACGGCUAAAGCGACUCGAAGAACACUAUGGUCUCCAUGGAAUGCGACGCACUUGCGAGGGAAUCCUGGUGUGCCACGAACACAACCAUCCCCAUGUGCUGAUGUUGCAGAUUGCCAAUGCAUUCUUUAAGCUGCCAGGCGAUUAUCUGCACCACGAGGACGAUGAAAUUGAAGGCUUCAAGAAACGACUCAAUGAGCGCCUCGCACCUGUAGGAUCUCAGUUCUCCGGCGAAGGUGUUAACGAUGACUGGGAAAUUAGCGACACACUUGCACAAUGGUGGCGACCCAACUUUGAGACUUUUAUGUACCCGUUCCUUCCUGGGCAUGUCACGCGGCCCAAGGAGUGCAAGAAAUUGUACUUCAUUCGCCUCCCGAAGAAGAAGGUUCUCUCGGUCCCGAAGAACAUGAAACUUCUCGCUGUGCCGCUGUUCGAGCUGUAUGAUAACACUGCUCGCUAUGGCCCUCAACUUUCUGCUAUACCGCAUCUCCUCUCGCGAUACAACUUCGAGAUGGUUGAUGAGAACGACAACAUUGUUGCUGUGACUCCUGGCACCCCGCUGCCUCCUGGCUACACUAUCCCUACCAGGGUUCUUGCUAAUGGUGGUUCAGAUGACGGACAAGACACCGGUAUGACUGGUGUUGAGGAGGGAAUGAGGAUCGAAUCUCACCAGUAG